UUAAGGUGAAAACAAAAACCAGCAGACCCUGCAGCUCCCCACUCCUGGGGGUGUUUCAUGAAGUGGGAUUACUAAAUUAUUUGGAUAACUGCACUGAUUAAAACCCACGCAGUUAUCCAGCUAAUACAGUAAUCCUGCUUUGUGAAAUACCCUGCCUGAAGUGUAUGAAUCACACACACAGUCUCACCACACCAUGUAUAGCAGCAGCAGGUAACAUUGGGUCCUCCAGUACGGAAUAUAGGAUUAUCCACACAAAACCAUGCCAGACCAGAAGCAAGCACUGCUGCUCUCACCUCCCACAAAGGCACACCAUAUCAUCACAUUAAAAUCAAUUAGAGUAACCCUGCAUGUGUCCGCUGACCAGACGUCCUCUUCUUUCUGGGGCCAAAAAUAUUCAUCCAGGCUGAGGUGAUUGGCUGUCUCGUUGAAAGUAGUCUGAGCUGAUUGGCUGUGAUGGUUGAGAACAGGCUGAGGCGACUGGCUGUGUCUUGCUGAGAUCCAGCUGCGCUGAUUGGCUGUGUCUGGCUGAGAGCAGACUAAAGAAGGGGCUGUUGGUGAGCAUUCAGCUAGCCUGUUAGUACACAGGUACAUAUUAGUCAUUUCCCCAGCACUGGACUGCCUGAGGACACUAGCAGCACAGGAUCAAACAGAUAUGGACAGAUGGGAGGUGCCCAGCUAUGAGCCUGACCUGCCAAUCACUGAGAAGUCCAACUCUCGAACCCGGGACAUGGACCGGGCCCAGCCUGAGCAGCUGGUGCAGCUGCUGCGGGACUGUGACACAGAGAUAUUUCAGCACCUGUGGGAGGGAGGCGCUGGUUACCAGGGAUUGUACAGUGACUCUGUUGUACAGACGAUUGUCCAUGUGGCCAGGAAUGUGGAAGAAAUUUUGAAGUGCCCAGAGGACAGUCUCAUCGUCAUGAGUGGGUGUGGCACCUCGGGCCGUCUGGCGUAUCUAUUGGCGACAUCUUUCAACAGACUUCUGAAAAGAUUAAAGAAGCAGGAGGUCUUUGCAUAUAUUAUUGCUGGAGGUGACAAGGCCCUUUUGACAUCCCAGGAGGCCCCUGAAGACAGCCCUCACCUGGGAGCACUCAACCUGGAGCAGGUUUGUGCUGGUAAAAGGCGAAUCCUCUUCAUUGGGAUAUCCUGUGGACUGUCGGCACCCUUUGUUGCUGGCCAGCUGGAUUUCUGCAUGGACAACCUGAAUGUGUUCACACCUGUGCUGAUUGGGUUCAAUCCUGUAAACAUGGCGAGGAAUGAGCCCAUUCCUGGCUGGACUCCAACAUUCCGCACUGUGACAGAGCGAAUGCUGCAGAUGCAGGAGACCCACAGAGCCUUCAUCAUUAAUCCUGCUGUUGGACCGGAGCCCCUCAGUGGAUCCUCCAGGAUGAAAGCAGGAAGUGCCACCAAAAUCCUCCUGGAGACGCUGCUGUGGGCCGCACACACCAGCGCCCUCUCACACACACACACCACACACAGAGAUGUUCUGAACCUGCUGAGAGACUAUGAGCAUGUUCACAGAAUCACAUAUUCCCAGAGUGAUCAGAUAGCUGUGCUGGUGAAGCAAGCAGGUUCAAGCCUGAAGAAGGGAAGGCAUGUGUAUUAUGUGGGCUGGCACACUUUAGGAGUGAUGGGGAUUAUCGAUGCCAGUGAAUGUGUUCCAACAUUUGGAGCAGAUGUGGGUGAUAUUUGUGGAUUCAUAAAUGAAGGGUAUGCUGAAAUGGGUAAUGCUGAGGGAGACCUGUCAUCACUGGGGCCAGAGUUCUGCAUUGGACACAAAGACUUUGUGAGAACCACCUUACCGAAUGUGACCGAGUCAGACAGUGUCAUUUUUCUGUUCACUUUGGGCGAUGAUUUGCAUGCGGUUGAAGAUCUGGCUCUCUGUGUGAAGCAGAGAACUUUGGGCCUCUAUGCUGUGAUUCAUGCUUCUGGGCCACACAGUGUUCCGGACAAUAUCAAAGAAGUGUUUGCAUCUGUUAUGACCUUCACAUGGCCCAGUACGUCUGAAGAGGAGAAUUCUUUCCUCAGGACACUGCAGGUGGAGCUGGCCACUAAGUGGGUGUUGAAUGCUGUCAGCACAGGAGCUCACAUCUUAAAGGGCAAAAUCUACAGGAACUACAUGAUGGAUCUGAAAGUGACCAACAGCAAACUGUUCAGAAGAGCAGUAUCUCUACUUCAGAUGUUCUCCGGUUGUCCUGAGGAACUGUGCCAUGGGGCCCUGAUCCAGGUCAUCUACAGCACAGACCAGCCCACAGAGGAGAUGAACACAGCCCCACUCACUGAACACGCCCACACCGCCAACACCUGCAGCAAGGUUGUGCCCACGGCUCUGCUGAUGCUCAGGUGGAGGUGUUCAGUGCACGAAGCCAGGGCACGACUUGAUGGUCACAUGAUCAUCAGAGACGCAGUGGAGGCCUGCCUCACAGCCUGAACACACAUGAAGACCGCACACACCACUCCCACCUGAACACCUAACACAUACACACACCCUAACAUAACCUAAACACCUAACACACCACACCAAUACAACCUGUACACCCAAUACACACCACCCCAACCUGAACUUCCAACACACACACCACCCCACCCUGGACACCCAACACACACACACCACCUCACCCACAUACACACACCCCAACAUAACCUGAACACCUAACACACCACACCAAUACAACCUGUAUACCCAACACACACCAUGCCAACCUGAACUCCCAACACACACACCACUCCAACCUGAACAUCCAACACACACACACCACCCCACCCUGAACACCCAACACACACAAAGACCAUCCACACUCUCACAACCUGAACACCUAACACACACACACCACCACAACCUGAACAUUCAACACACACACACACACCACCACACCCUGAACACCCAACACACACAAAGACCAUAUACACUAUCUCAACUUGAACACGCAAAACACACACACCACCACAACCUGAACACCGAACAUGCACAAGGAUCAGACACUCCACUGCAACCUGAACACCCAACACACAUUCCACCGCAUCCUGUAUACCCAACACACACAUUCCACCACAACCUAAACACCCAACACGCACAUUCCACCGCAACCAGAACACCCAACAUGCACACUCCACCGCAGCCUGAAUACCCAACACGCACACUCCACCACAACCAGAACACCCAACACGCACACUCCACCACAACCUGAACACCCAACACUGUAACACUGCCACAGUGUGACCACUGAGAAAGAAUUCCAGGACCACACAAACGUGAGAAUCACAAACACUACCUCUGUGGGACAGCCAGUUACCACAACACAACUGCAUAAAGUCACCCUGACUGCACAGAAUCCCUUUAUGACCACACGAAACCAGGACAUGACUGCACCAGAAUAAAGGAUCACAUUCAAUAUGUGGAGAAGGAAUUGAAGAUUCAGCAUUAAUAUGAAUUUGUUGUAUUUUCAUACAAUAUGAGCUUCACUAAUAAAGGUAAUCUGACCAAUCUA